AGGGCAGUUUCAUUUUCACAUCACAAACUCACUCCCAGCGCUCUCGCCCACUGCCCAAGGCCAAGGAGGAAAAGUGGAAGGAUUAGUUGCGAGGUCGCUACCAGAUCAGACUCCUCGUCUCCUUCUUCUUCUUAUUCUUCCUCUGCCGAUGUAACAUCAUCAGAUGAAGCCGUCGCCUCCUCCAAGAUCGGAGCUAGGGUUAAGGUGAAGGUGCCUUUGAAGGUGUACCACGUGCCCAGAGUACCAGAGUUGGAAAUCACUGGAAUGGAAGGUGAGCUCAAGCAGUACGUUGGGCUCUGGAAGGGCAAGCGGAUUUCAGCCAAUCUCCCUUAUAAGGUGCAGUUCGUUGUCGAUGUUGAAGGCCGUGGCGCUGUCAAGUUCUUCGCCCAUCUCAAGGAGGACGAGUUCGAAUACCUUUGAAUUUGAUCAAUGGAUAAUCCAUUAUGUAUAUCAGGCUAUAACCUCUCCCUCUCUCUCUCUCCCUAUCUCUCUCUCUCUCUCUCACACACACAUUAUAUUAUCUAAUAAUCAAUAGCCCGGCUGCUCGUUUCUCAACUGCA